UCUCUGAAAUUGAAAAGUAAACGCCAUUAUUGAACACUGUACCUCUCUCUCUCUCUCUCUGGCUGUUCCUCUUCCCCAAUCACAACGAACCAAACCGGCUUUGCUAUUUUUUUUUUCUCGGGGAAGAGCGCACAUACGUAAGGCAAACUCCUUUUUGUUUCUCCGUUAUGUCAGGAAAAAAAAAUCAGAAAAUUUUAAUCGGUAAAUCUGCAGUGGAAGAAUGAGUGUAAAGCAAACGCCGACGAAAAUAUAGAGCCUCUGGUUUGGAAUAUACCCUUUUCCCAUUUCUUUCCUCUAAAUCUUCCACUUCUUUUCUCCGUUUUCAUCUCUGCGACCCAAAAGGGAGGAGGGGAAAAAAUUGAGCGAAGAACAAGAAACCCAAGCUCCUGAUUUCGUCUUCUUGUUAGUGUAGCGUCAUCAAGGUUCAUAAGGAUCUUCCUUUUCUCUAUAAUUUUCUUUUGUUGCUUUCUUCUGGAUUUCCUUGGCUUUUCGACCUGGGUUUCCGAUUGGUUGUCGUCUUCGAUCGGAAAAAUCUCAUCUUUGGUAGGGUUCUUUUUGUUUGGAUCUUCGCCGCUCCUCCGAUGAAUCCCUUCCGUCGCACGAUCUCUUCUUAGAUCUGGUGAUGUGACUCAAGAAUCGUGCUUUGUUUGAAUUUGAAAGUACCCAAAUCAAGAACUGAAGGCUAAAAUUCCCGGCGACAUGGAUUUGGAUGAUUUCCGGUCGAUUCUUGACACAGCCGGUGUCGAUGUGUGGACAUUCAUCGACACGGCGAUCCUGGUGGCUUCGCUGGAUUACGGACAGGAGCUGAAACUUCGGAGAGACAACAUCGUCGAGCGUCUCUUCGCGACGUCGAUGGUCAACAGAUGCAGGAAUUGCGACUUCGGUGACGGCGCCGCGGCCGCGGAAGUUAGGGUUAACGGAAGGGUUGACGAAGAGGAAGAAGAGAAGAACCACGAUAACAGCAACAACGGCGGAGAGAGAGAGAAAUCUGGAAAUGGAGAUGAUGACGAAGAUUUCGAUCCUUACGCGGGUCUGUUCGAUGACGAGCAGAAGAUGGUUCUGGAAAUCAAGGAGAAGCUAGAAGAUCCCGAUCUGUCUGAAGAAUCUCUGGUCGAGUUGCUGCAAAGUCUGGCGGAUAUGGACAUAACAUUCCAAGCUCUUCAGGAAACUGAUAUCGGGAGGCAAGUGAACCGGGUUCGGAAGCAUGCUUCCAACAAUGUCCGGAGAUUAGCAAAGCAGCUCGUCAAAAAAUGGAAGGAAACAGUGGAUGAGUGGGUGAAACUUAACCAGCCUGGUGAUCUCGAGCCAUCUACUUUGAUAACCGACGGGGACUCACCUCAGCAGAAAGCUCCCCAGGAUGGUAAUCGGCAACAGGUUCCAGAUUUUGGGUACUCUCCAGUGCCUCAGACUCAGAAUGGGUAUUCAGGUCCAAGCAAGAAUAUUAGCAGUACCGAGCCAGAAAGAAAACCGAGACCCACCCCUCCUCCUUCUGCUCCUCCUAGAAGAGAAUCCCCGUCUCCAGCCAAGCCUUCUCGGCCUUCACCGGCUCCACAUACCUCACAGAGGGAGAAAGGGCCGUGGGAACUCAACGAUUUCGACUCAGCCCGGAAAAGGCUUCAGCAGAACUACAGAGAAGCUGAGAACGCGAAAAAGCAGAGAACUAUACAAGUGAUGGACAUUCACGAGAUUCCGAAACCUAAGAGAGCCUUCUUCCCUAAGAAAGGAGGCAGCUCUCAUGGCAGACACUUUUAAGGAUUUGAUGAGAAGGAAGAAACGGUGGUCCGAUGGAUAUAACAGAAGAUUCAGAGUGAAGUGGAGGGAAAGAAAAAGGACAGGAGAUCAGAACAGAACAAAGGACACUACUUUGUCCACGCCCACAAAGGACAGUGAAAAGAGAAUGUGGCUUUGGGUGCCUUUGUGUUUCAUUUUUUUUUCCGGGUUGAAUGGGGGAGAAAAAAAAACAUAUUUACCCCGUUUUAUGGAAUUAUGAAUAAUAGUAAUCAUAGAUUUUGGGGGAAAAAUACAGUUUUUUUCUUCGAGUUAUGGCAAACUAUAUGAAUAUUUGAAAUAUUAUGUUCAUUGUUAGGG